GCGUGAGAGGGAUGAGUGCUAAAGGGCGAAUGCGGCCGCUGCAACGCGGUUGCUUAUCGAAAACAGUAGCAGCAGCAGCAGCAGUCGAUCGAGAGCAGCACAGAACGACAGAACGCGGCUGAGAAAGUGAGAAAGAAAGCAGCCGAACAGAAUCUCAUUGACUGCCGUGAGCUGCGGGAACCGCUGGAACCACCGGAGAAUGAGCUGCCCGCUGCAACAGUAACGCAUUGGACAGACAGAGGACGUCGAAAGCGAUUGACAAACACACACACAUACACAUAUGGAUGCGGCGGCAAACAAACGCGGCCGGGGCAAGGGCACCACGCGCUCGACGGGACGAACAGUGGCCGCCGCCGUUGCCGUUGGUGGUGGUGCUGCUGCAAACUCCGGGCCAAACUCACCCAUCGUCGUCCCCCCGUCGGUGGUAACGCUGGAGCGACGUUCGACCUUACCCAUGCCGAGUAUUAGUGGCAGCAGCAGCAGUACGGUCCUCGGAGUGGCAGCUAACGCGACCGCCACUACCUCCACCACCCCCACCGCUAGCGCGCCUAGCAUACAGCGCAAGCUGCUGCGGCUGGCCGGCAAACGGCACACGGGCAAAGGGGUCAGUCUCGGUGCGACGACCAGCAAGCUGGCCUGCAGCAGCCGCACGCAUCUCGUGCGGAAGGCGCUGCCCGUGUCGGGCGCGGUGGUCGGCAGCGUGGCCGACCGGUUGCAUCACCGGCACGGCGGUGUCGUGCCGCCCAUCAUCAGCACGGCGACGGCGAACCGGAGCAGUGCGAACGAGGCCAAGCUCGGCAAGCACCACCAUCCGCUGCCGAACCAGCAGAACGGGUACGGGACGGCGGCGGGCAGCAGCUACGCCCCGAUCGUGCCGUAUGGGCCGGGUACGGGUUUGCUGGACGGAGCGGAGAACCAUCAAGCUGGUGUUGCGGCUGUCGCCGCCGGUACAAGAAUGGUUGCCACGUCCGUGUCUCCGCUGUCGCCGCAGACCCUAUCGCCCUCGACCGGAUCCUCCUCGCCGUCCACGAUCUCGCCGGGCGUGUCGCUUGCCGCCUCCCCGCUGGCCAGCUGCACCGGCCGGCAGAAUGCACCGGCCGGAGGAAGUGCGCGCACGGCCAACAGCAACAGGGGGGCAACCGCGCCGUCCGUACCGUUCCGGAUGGCGCCCGGCACCGACGGUAGCUUCUCGGUUGCGGGCGUCCCGCCCGCCCUCAUCAGCUCGCGCGACGGCAAGAUACAGCUGCAGAUAGUGACGCAGCCGGAGCAGCAGCACCGGGCUCGCUACCAGACGGAGGGGUCGCGCGGCGCGGUGAAGGACCGCAGCGGCAACGGCUUUCCGGUGGUGCGGCUGGUCGGCUACAACAAACCGUGUCCGACGCCGCACAUCUUCUACCAGGCGUGCAAGGUGUCGGGGAAAAACUCGACCCCGUGCGUGGAGCGCAUCCUGGAGGGCACCAAGUACAUCGAGGUGCAGCUGAAGCCGGAAAACAACAUGACCGUCACGUGCGACUGCGUGGGCAUACUGAAGGAGCGGAACGUCGACGUGGAGUACCGGUUUCCCGACCAGACGGCGUCCCGCACGAAGAAAAAGUCCACCCGCUGCCGGAUGGUGUUCCGCACCACCAUUACCGGGGAGGACGGGUCGACCGAGACGCUGCAGGUGUCGUCGCAUCAAAUCAUCUGCACGCAACCACCGGGCGUGCCGGAAAUACUGAAAAAAUCCCUCAUCUCCUGCCCGGUCGAGGGCGGUCUGGAGCUGUUCAUCAUAGGCAAAAACUUCCUCAAGGAUACGCGCGUCGUCUUCCAUAGGCCGAAGGCGGUGCCCGCACACUCGGCAUUUACGCGCACGGCAGCUGCCGGUGCGGCCUGGGAGCAUGCGGUCGCUCCCGACAAGGAGCAUCUGAAUCAGGUUCAUCUCAUCUGCAAGGUGCCACCGUACGAGCGGCAGGACAUUACCGAGCCGGUCACGAUCAAGCUGUACAUCCUGUCCAGCGGCAAGAAGAGCGAAACGCAUGACUUUAUCUACACGCCGAAAGGUGAGCAUACGGCGCUCAGUGCCGCGACCACGGUGGCUACCAUCCCGGGGCGCCGCAACCGUUUAGGUACGGCCGUUGGCCAGCAGCAGCCGCAGCAGCAGCAGCCGCCGCAACACCAGCAACAGCAGCCGCCACCAACGUCGCACAACUAUUUUAGCGAGCUGGCCGGCCUCGGCAACAAUGGGGCCGCCGGGGUGCAGAACGGUGGCAACGUUACCGCCGUGCCGAACGUUGACGGUGCUGCGCUGGCCAAUGCGAUCAAUGCGAUCGCGGCCACGGCCGCCGGCAUGGGCGAGCUGCCCGGCCCGAACGGAGCUGCUGGCGGUCGCUUUGUCUGCAACGGCAACCGGACGGAAGCAGCCGUGUCGCCGUUCGACGAGCCGGCGAACGUGCACGCCAGCCGGCCAAUGUUUCUGCGCACCUCGACGCCGCUCGAGAUCGAGGCGAAGGGCAUGAUGCCGCCGCCGAUCAACGUGCUGCCGACCGGAAGUAUUAUCCCGCCCCAGUGCCACCCGGGCGUGCUGUCGCUGCCCUCGCCCAACCAGUCGAUCCAGCCGGCGGUGGACGUGUUCAAGCCGGAGCUGGUCGAGCCGGAGUGCAGCCGCAGCCACAUGGCGGACGAGGAGUCGCUCGACCAGUUCGCGGUGAAGGCUUCGCUGGCCCGGUUCGGUGCGUCGGUCGAGAACUCGCUUGACGGCAUCCUGUUCGCGCCGGUCCCGGCCGAGCCGAGCAUACUGUAUCGGCGGCGCAGCGUCCGGCAGCCGAGCAUGGAGAUGGAAGAUAGCUGCUCCAACAUGUCGCUGCUGGCAAACGACAGCCGCAUGAUGGACCUACCGAGCGCUGGCGGUGCCGCGGCAGCAGCCGGCGGUGGUGGUAGUAGCGGGGGUGGGUCGCUGUCGAUCGGGUCGCACUUCGACACGGUGAUGAACAUUGCCACGCUGACGUCCUUCUGCGGCAGCCUGCCGGUGGCACCGAUGGAAACGAACUACAUGGGCGGGGAGCCGCUGGGCACGGCCAAGCCGUCGCCCCUGCCGGUCGACUGCGACAUCAAGAGCAUCAUCAAAACGGAGCCGCAGACGCCGCACGCCUCGACAACGCCGGUUAACAUGCAGCUGGACCAGUUGCUGGCAGCUUCCGGCGUAUGCAGCGACGCGAUUGCCACGCAGAUCGAGGCGGAAUGUUUACUGCAGCAGCAACAGCAGCAGCAACAGCAGCAGCAGCAGCAGCAACAACAACAACAACAAAAACAACAACAACAACAACAACAACAACAACAACAACAACAGCAGCAACAAUUGCAACAACAACAACAACAACUGCAGCAACAGCAGCAGCAACAACAACAACAACUGCAUCAACAGCAACAACAACAACAACGAUUGCAGCAGCAAGAACAGCAACUACACCAUCACUUGCAACAGCUGCAACAGCAGCAUGAACAGCAGCAACAACAACAACAACAACAACAGGUGUUGGCGGAAAAAAUGGACGUCGGUAUGGUCGGCGGACCGGUGGCCGUGUGCAACGCCAUGCUAAUGGAUACCCAGCUCCCGACCCAGCAGCCGAUGGACACCUCGGCACCGCUGCCGAUCGCCUCCCCACCCACGGUGGUCGGUACGCUGGGCGUGGUGCAGCUGGCCGGGCGCGGUGUCGUCGGCAACGGGGUGCCGCCGGAGGUACCGGUGUCGGUGGUGCAGCCGGUCAGCGCCGUGCCGGCGGUGGGGGUGGCCCGCCCGCUCGAGGCGGUCGUCGAACCGGCCAUACCGAUGGACUCGAUCGGGCUCCACCCGUCCCAGGAGUCGCUGGCGGAGGAGUCGCGUGCCCUCGCAUCGGAGCUGACCGCCAUGACCGAGACCGAGCUGAUGAACUUCAUCUGCCCGAGCGCGUUCGAUGCCGUGUAACGCCCAAUUGUCAUGCACCGGCAGCAGUGGCUACCAAGGAGUAACGGAAAAAAGUAGGACAACAGCCGCGCAUCUAGAGCUCUAGCGGCGGGAGUGUAGAUGUCAAGCAGCG